GAUCUUAAUUAUAAGAAGCAAGAAAGAAGUAGUUAAGUUGCAUUUGCGGUUUUUGUUAUGAGACACGAGUGGAUUUAAUAGACACCUUCCGCGCCCAUGACCAUUCAUAAUAAGCUCAAUCUGUCUUAACAUUACAUUAAAGACAAUAUGGCGCUGAUAAUUUCAUUCAAAACCGUAUUUUCCUCUCUCUGCAUUCAGUUUCUUAUACACGUAUUGCCAUCAGUUGCAGGCAAUGAAAACUGCAUAGCUCCAACGAUUCAAGCUGGCUCCAGCACCAUUUGGGGAUCUUGCUCCACAUUCCGCGCCAUUGAGCUUGGAGUCGAGCGGCAAGUGGCAUCUUACCGUGGGCUUCGGUAUGCAAAAGCUCCUACCGGCAGGCGACGCUUCGCUCCGUCGGAAUUACAGGACCUGAACUUGGAAGUAGAUGGGACAUCGGGUGGUCCUAGCUGUCCGCAGGAACCCCACCCAGUAUACAACACCGAGUCUGGUACUGACGAGGACUGUCUCUUCCUUGAUGUCUUUGUGCCUCUACCACAAAGGGACAAGCCCUUCGCUGUAAUGGUCUGGAUUCAUGGCGGCGGUUUUAUGUAUGGCGCCGGAACAGUCUCCAUGCUAUCUCCCCUCCCAUUGGUCAGUUUAGGUGACGUCAUAGUGGUGACCAUCAACUACAGAUUGGGUGCUCUGGGAUAUCUAACCACAGGGGACGAGAUUACACCGCCAAAUUUAGGCAUUUUGGAUCAAAUAACUGCCUUGAAAUGGAUCAGGAAAUACAUAUCUGCAUUUGGAGGUGACCCAGAUCGAGUGACUCUCUUUGGCGAUAGCGCGGGUUCAGCAAGCAUACACAUUCAUCUCAUGUCCCCAAUGUCGUUUGGUUUAUUUCACCGUGCCAUAAUGCAGAGUGGGGCAGCCACAUCAUCUUGGGCAAGGUCACCUGACCUAGCAACAGCGCGUGACAGAGCUCUGACGCUGGGUCGACUGGUAGGAUGUGACGAGGUUUCAUCGUCUGCACAACUUUUGCAAUGUCUAGGGCAGGUUCACGCCGAUGAAAUUGUUGCUCAGCAGCAACAAGUGUUAGCUGAAACAGGGGAUCCCGCUGACAUCGCAUUCCUCCCCAUCGUCGAUCACGUAGUCAUCCCAGAUACACCCGACAUCGUCGGCGAAAUGGGCUCGUACAACAAUGUCAGCGUCAUCAUCGGCGCCAACGCCGACGAGGGAAUGAUGUCAAUGAUGCAUCUCUUUCCGCAGGCGACCACGACUCCCGUUGUCACUCGUCAACAGUUGCGCCGGUUUCUGUCGACCGCUCUCAACAUGCACGAUCCCGUCCUACAAGAGCUGAUCGAACUGGUGUACGAUGUUGACGAACAUGAAGAUCUGUCUUCUCAUACGAACAGGGUGUACAGUGAUCGAACACAGAAAGAUGUCUGUAAAACCGGAUAUGUGAACGAUGAUGGGAACUUAGACUUCUUUGAUAAGCUCAAUGACAUUGUAGGGGAUAUGACGAUGUUCUGUCCUACAGCUGCUGUUGCUGAUUUCGCUUCGGAAGCGGGUUUGGAAGUUUAUCGGUAUCACAUGACUCACAGACCUAGUGAGUCGUUUUGGCGUCCUUUAACAUGGACGCGAGCUAAUCAUGGCGAGAAUCUCCUCUUUGUCUUCGGGGUACACUUCUUACCCCAUCUCAACUGGACCCUUACACCAGAAGAAGUUAAAAUGACGUCACGCAUCAUCCAGUAUUGGACAAACUUUGCAUCUUCAGGAGACCCAAACCAAAAUGAAGACAGCCCAUGGCUCGUAAAAGACCUCCCUGACUGGCCGCUCUACGAUCCGAACACAACAGCCCUCUCGAAGAACCUAUCACCAGAGAUGACAGACGACCCGUCCGUAAAACGCCGGGAGUGUCAAUUUUGGAAUAUUAUCUUCCCUCGUCUACAAACUCGUCAUUAAACUUAUAUCGAAUAUCAGUUCGUUAUUGACCAUCUUUAUUAGACACUAAUUUAGUAUGCCACCAUUUCUGUAUAAUGCUUACACGCUCUCUCUAUCUCUGUCUGUAUAAUUCUGUCUGUCUCACUUUGUCUCAUCUCUCUCUCUCUCUCUCUGUCUCUCUGUCUCUCUGACUCUCUCUGUCUCUCUCUCUCUAUCGUUUUUUCGCCGUAGACAUAUUUUCACUUCCCCUCUUCCAACUUUUGUUAAACUUCCACUUUAAACUAAACAACAUGUUUUUACUAAUUUUCCUUUAUUUUUGCUAAACUUGUUUCUCUUUUUAUAGAUUUCUGUUGCGUAUUCAAUUUUCAAUAACUUUGUGGACUUUUUAAAAGAUGUAUGUUUGUAUGGUGAAUAAUUUUAUUUUUUCUUGCCUGUUACGAACUUUUAUGUCGCCUACUUUUUCUGAGUAAAAAAAAAAGGAAAAAGGAAAAAAAAAGAAAGAAAGAAAGGUAGAAAGAAAGGAGAGGGAUAA